AUGCCGCACAAGGCGGAGGACCCGCUCUCGUCUUCCGGCGUCUCGACUUUGUCCGGCACCUCCGUCGCCGUCCGCAAGAUCGUCGUCUUUAAGAACGGCGACCGGUUCCACAAUGGCGUCAAGGUCGGGUUCAGACUACAUUCACCCCGGUUUUUUGAGAAACUCUUCUUUGAUUUUGUGUGACUCCUAGAGGGUCUUUGAAGUUCCCUCCAGGGACCAAGUAAAUAUUAGCCCUGUAGGGACCACUCUAGGGUUUCUAAGUUUUCGGGAGAUGUUCACCAUUUUGUCCCCUCUAGGGACCACUCUAGGUUUUCCUAAUUAACUCCGCUACCGUCUUAGUACCCUAGGUAGCGUUACAUUUUUGGUCUUGUUUAAACUUUUAGAGUGGUCCCUGUAGGGUUUAAGAGGAAAAACAGCCCCUACAGUGGCCCGAAGAGGGAUCCCUAUAGGGGUUGAGAAUAUGACCCCUUAGCUGCUAAAGCUUCAGUGGUCCCUAUAGGGGUCUUUCAAUUUUUUCUCAUUCGAAAAAGGUUACUUGUUCAGCAUGGAAGUACUUCGUCGCUUAGAGUUCAUACAAAUUAUCGACUAGACUGCCCCCCCCCCCCUAUAGGGGCCACUCACUAAUCAAAACCCCUAUAGGGACUACUGAAAGUUAUAUAUCCGUUCAUUUUUAUCGAUUUCUAAUGUGUUUUACAGUUCGUUAUCAAUCCCCGGGUGCUCAAAGACCUCGACACUCUUUUGAACCAAGUAAAUGACCGGAUCGAGCUCUCCCAUGGCGUAAAGAAGCUCUACACAGCGGCCGGAAAACGAGUUCGAUCACUGAAAGAUCUUCAGGAUGGGAAGGUGGAAAAAAGAUAGUUUUGAAGUAAAUUAGGAAAAUUUUGAAGGUCUACGUCGCCGCCUCGAAUCACUACAUACCGAUGGAUUAUGGGACGGAAGGGGCCAAGGUUUGGAAGCCGCCGAGUCGACGGGGCAGCCCGAUUUUCAGGUAGGCUGUUUUUGUCUUUUUCCUUUGGGUAAAUUUUAUGUUCUGGUUGUCAAAAUUUCAGUUUUUGAACCUGAAAACAAGAAAUAAGAAGUAUCGGUUGAAAAAAUUGGUUUGAAGCUUUUUAGUGAGCCAAAGAAUUAUUUUUAUAAAAACCUUAAAAUUGAAAAAAUCUCUGUCAGAAAGGCUUUUUUUUCAAUUUUUAACAAAAAACCAAUUUAAAAACGGUUUAUAUGAAUGGAAAACGAGCCAAAAGAGUGCGGCGGCAGCUGAAAAUUCGGAAAGCGCCAAAGCGAGUCACUAGAACCUUCAUAACUCGGCUCAAAAUUAAAAUUUUUCAAAAAACUAAAAUGGUUCGACUUUUGAACAGUCUGCUCUAUGAUAUGAUACAGAAUUUAGUUAUCCAUGAUUUUUUGCGGAAAAUGGCUUGAAACAAUAGUUGUGAGUCCAGGCGCAGAAUUUUGAAAAAUUUCUUUUCAUGUGUAAAAAAUCAAUUUUCCUAUUAUUUUUCUGUUCUAGAUCGAAAAAGAACUUUUAAAUUAUAUUUUUAGAACUUUCGGUUUAGAGUAUUAAGAGUUUCUAUAGGUUGAUUUUAUAUUCUGGCUGCCAAAUUCUACGUUUCAAACCUAAAAUUAUCCCGUGAAGCAAUGAAAAAAAAGAAAUUAUUAAUAUUGGUGGGUCCAGACGCCGAAAAUGUGAGAAAGUAUCUAUUUUUUAUAUUGACUUGAAAGAGGAGGGAGGCGGGGCAAGGGGCGGAACGCGUAGCGUGUGCGUACGCGGUUCUUGGCACGAAAUAAAUUCAACCGCCAGCGAGCAUUCAGAGAGCUUAUUUAUCGCUCUUCUCACUUCUUUUUUAAUUAUAUUGAUUAUGUUAAUUUGUGCAUCAAAAAUUAGUAGAAAAUACAGAAAAAAGAGCGGUCGCCGAGCUUUUUUUAAAUAGUCGGCGGCAAUUGAAAUGAACUGGCGACAAUAACCGCGUACGCACACGCUACGCGUCUCGCCCCUGCCCCGCCUCCCUCCCCUUUCAAGUCGGGAAACAUUGACUAUAUAAUUAUGCUUUCCAGUUGAAAUUUUCAGUUAUUUUUGGUUUUGUUGAGCUUUUUUUUCUGUUUUUUCAUUUCAAUAGUAAUAACCAAUCUUAGCUACGAAAUUACAGCUGCUUCAAUCACUAAAAAUGAAAAAUGAAUAAAUUAAUUUUUGGUUCGUGAUAAAAAUUUUGUUUGAGCUCGCAAAUUUUCAGCUGUGUUUUCAAGUACCUAUGUCAAGGAGAAAACGUUUUGACCGGAACAAAAAAUUUUUUAAACCAUUUUUUGUUAUUCAUUUUCCCAUCAUUUUAAAUUUGGUAACCUAUUUCGAAACUGAAAACAGUUAAUUUUGCGUCCAUUUUAUCAUUAUUAAAAAAAUUUAAAAAAACUUUCAACUUUUUUUUGUUUUUUUCCUAUUCAAAAAUCGGUCAAACAUUUUUCUCAGAUUCAGCCGAUUCACGGCUAGAAUGAGCCAUCGAAAAAAGGGCCCUGAGACUAGGGGGCGCAAAGCCCCGCCCCUUCACGCCACCAAAAUGACGAUUUUUUUGUUGCAAAAACGGUUUUGAGGCGUUUAUACUAGCUAAAGUUCCACUUUAAAAAAAUAAACUGUUUCUGUUAAUCUAUGUAAUCGACAACGCUCUACAGGGCUGAAAAAAACUUUUAAAACUAUGUAUUUUUUUCAAAAAAAUAAGCGAAAAAAAUAAGAUUUAACACGAAAAAAACGGACAAGUUUCACAAAAAUCGUCGCGUUUCUGAAAAACCAAGUGAGGAACGCUUCCGAAUUUUGAGUAUGUUAUACAUUAAAACUCUCUUUAUUUUUUUGAAUAAAAAAAUUUUUAAAAAAAUCUAACGACGCGAAAAAUCGAAGCUUGUAAAGUGACACCAAACUUUGAAGCUGAAAUGCGAAAAAAAUUUCAGCGACAUGGUAUACUUUUUAUUUGAUUUAAAAAAACUCACAAUGUGCUCACAAACAAAAAAAUUCAAAAAUGAAAAAUAAUUAUUGGGACAGUGAAUCAAAUUAUAUUUGGAUUUUACCAAAACCUUCUUUUUUUCGCCUGCCUCAUUGACGCAUGAGAGAAUAGGAUCGCGUCUAUAUUUUUGAUUAUGUUAUUAAGCGUUCAAAACUCUAUCAAUGAAAAAAUUAUGAAAAAAAUCUAACGACGCGAAAAAAAUAACGGCUUUGAAAACCUCGAAAAAAUGGCAACUUUUUUUGAAAUUUUGGAAGAAUUCGUGCAAGCAUUCGUAGCUGUGCUUGCGUCAAACACACCGAUGCGCCAUUUUAAAUGUCGCAGGAGCCGUUUUUGAGUCAAAUUACACAUUUUCCUGUUUUAUUUCGAAAUAACAUUAUUUUUUUCAUUUUUUUCUUUUUUUCCAAACCAAAUUAUAAUAAUUUUUUUCUGAUUAGAAAAAAAGAAAAAAAUAAGCUGAAAAAUUCCUUCUGACCUUUUUUUCUAAGUAGUUUUUUUGAUAUUUUGUCAAAAAAAUUCUUAUGAGGAUUGUACAAAAGAUUUAUGCCAAAACGUUAAGCUCAGUUCGGACAACCUCUCAAAACAGAAAACCGAUUCGAAAACGGUUCAGAAAUGCGUAAAAACAUUUAAAAAGAAAGCGUGCGGCAGCGGGUGAACCGUGAGAUUUUGCCUCCAGUUGUACGCCGCGCGCGCUCGUUUUUUGGCCAUAACUUUUUUCUUAGUGGAGCUUUUUUCUAAAACUGAACGGAUUAUGAAAAUGGACAGUCUCCUCUAUCGGACAGUGUAAAAAGCAUAUUUUUUGGAUCGUUUUGAAGAAAUGGCUUGCGGACCCUACCUGAGACGAUAAAAAAAGGAAGAGAUAGUAUUUAUUUGGUGGAGAGCGCAGACAGACAGGCCCCCCUUAGUGUCUCAAGCUAGCCGUGAAUCAGGGAUAAAGUGAAUUUUAAAGUGCUCAAAAGUUCAAGUUUGGUUUCUUUCAAGGAUUUUUAACUUUUUGAAAAAAGCCAUUCAUUUUUCUCAAGUUAAAACUCAAUCAGUUAUAACAGAUCUCUACUCAGAGUUGACCGGAUCCGAACUUCGCGAAGCCAAGAACCGCUACAGCGACAGAAAGCGCAAGCCGUCCGUAGCACCUCCGUGAAACCGGCCAACCGUCUGAGAAAACUAGCCCCGCCUACGAGUUUUUCGGUUUGAAUAACUCUCAAAACUGUUCCAAGUUGAAAAAUUCUUUCAGGCGACGCAGAAAAAAUCACACGUCGACAUUUUCAUUCCGGAUCAACGGGCGAGGAAAACUACAAAAAAGCCGACGACUACGACGACUACGAAAAUCGUCAAAGCGGCCGUGCCGAAAACCAGGGCUCUCAUAGGUUUGUAGUCGAUUCAGUAGACAGGCUCAAAAAAGGUCGCAAAAAGGCCGCAAAAAGGCUGCAAAAGAUUCCCUUUGUCGAGCCUUCCUUUUUCCUAAAGCUUCAAAGGCUCAAGAAAUGGUGGAGAAAGGGAGACUCAGCAAAAAUGGUGCAUAACAGCCGAUGAACAGGCGCAGAAAGGCAGCAAAAAAGGAGCCUUUGUCACCCUAAAAUGAAAAUUUCUGAGAACCUCUUUUCCACCUUUUCCAAUUGUGCCUAGGACAUCUGAUUCAUUUGGGACAUCAAAAAAGGGUCCUGGCACGAUUUAAACAAAGAAAAUAGUGUCUCGUUAGUGGAGAGCCCAGACAGGCCACGCCCCUUUGCGCUUCAAACCAGUCGUGUUCUACACUUUUCUAAAUCCAGACAAUUUUGUCUAUAGUUUGCUCAGAUUUUGAAAAAAGUGACGUGAUUCCACAACGCUCUGCGGAUGGCUGGCUCUCUGAUCGGUUUAUCGCGUCAUUAGGGGCGGGGCUUGAGCGACGACUUGAUUUUUAAAAUCUGAACGGACUUUACCACUGAACUUAAUAUAAAUUAACAUAAAAUAAGCACGGUUUCUAGUGAGCUAUAUAGUGGUCUUGAAAAAAACUGUUCCCAGAAGGUUUCAUGAUGAAAAAAAAAAAUUUAGAAACGAAAGCUAACUUUUCGAACAUUUUAACGUUUUAAUCUUCCCUGGAAGCAAACAUCCAGUCUGAUUACUAUCUUCUUGUUUUUGACCCCUUAAGUGAUCCCUUUUUCAGUUAACUCUCGCCCUCCGGCCAAAGCACCGCCAAAGGCAGCUGCCCAGCCGACCAAGAAGAAAGAAGUGAAGGCGAAAAAAGCGCUGAACAAUGGUGCCCCACCGCCAAAAACAGCCGAAGUGGCCCCGAAAGUGGCCGUCGUCGACGUCGAGACCCUUCACAGAAGUCCGACGCCUCCUUUGGUUGCGCUGCCUGUGGAACUUUCUGAGGAACAGAGGUAAAAUACUGGAAUAUUAAUGGGUGGAUUUAUUGAUUUUACAUGGUGGAAAAUAGAGGUUUUUAAAUGUUGAUUUUAAGGGGAUAUGAAUGAAAUUACAUAUUGAGACAGGUAAAUUUCAGAAAAAAUAGGAAUAUUUUCAGUCCCUCCCGUCGAUCACGCUCCAGAUCCCAAUCACGGUCAAAAUCAAGGUCAAGAUCGAGGUCAGAGUCACAUUCCGAAUCAUCUUCUCAUCAUUCUGAGGAGGAAGAAGAGGAAGAAGAAGAGGAGGAGGAGGAUGAGAAGCAUUCUUCAUCUUCACGGGGUUUUUUUUGUGACUUGCAAGUUAGAAUGUAUAAGAGUUUCAGAUCGAACGCCGUCGUCAUCUUCAGAAAGGCCAAAGAAAUCUUCUGCGCGCUCUUCUUCCGGGUUGGUUUUGAAAACCCGAACUUUAUAAAAAAGCAAAAAAAUCAGAAAAUCAGAAUUCGAUACUACUCAGUUAGUUCGGCUUCAGGUAGAUCAUCCUGUUAGAAUAUUCAUUUUUGACUUGUCAGAAGUCUCCAAAUGUCCCGGAAACAGCUUGGUGGCUUUGAAAAACCUUUCAUAUUUCGUAUAAGCUUGAAAAUCUCCUCAACUUAUUUUUAAGUUCAACAGGGUCACACAGAAACGUUUUUCUACAUUUUUGAAACAUCAAACUUUUUUCAGUGCAUUCAGAAGUUCAAAGCUGUAAUUCUGAGAAAAAAAUCUUGAAACUGUCUUGUUUAUAACUUGAUAGCUUAAGGGAUCCCUUGGAUCGCUCAAAAAACUGCCAGUAAAACUCCAUAGAAUUAGUUAGACCGCUUUUAAAGGUUCUUAGACCUCUUAUUAACUUUGAAAUCAGAAAAAAAAAAUUUUUAAAGACUACUAUAAGGACCACUUAAACUUUAGAGGGUCAGAUCAUGUUCCUUUUAAAAACCAUCUGAAUUUGAGCAAUCUAGGGGCACUGUUUCUUCUGCAUUUUAUCCCCUAUAGUGGCUGCUUUUCCCUAACCCCUAUAGGGGACACUUCAGCUUUAGGGGCUGAGAGGUGAGACCCUAACCCCAUAGGGGCCACUCAACAUUAACCGCUAGAAAAACCGCUUUUUUGUCCGAUAUAGGGUAUGUUUUUCCCCUAAACUCUUUAGGGGCCACUUCAAAGUGGGGCCUAAGGGGAGAGACUUUGAACCCCUAUAGAGACCACUUCUCUUCCCCUGUAGGGUCUGUUUUUUUCUUCAAAAGGGGCUGAGACUUUUAAAUAUGGGCUCUUUCUUCUACCCCUAAUCCCUCUAGGGACCUCUCAGAAAUUCCUAAGAAGGGGCUGUUUUUUCUACUCCUACUCCCUCUAGGGACCACUCUAGCAUCCGCGUUUUAAAACCUCAAGCCAGUUGUAAAUCAACCUUUUCAGAAACUCCUCAUCACGCCACUCUUCAGCUCAUUCCAACGCUUCGAAACGCUCGAAAAAAUCUGAGAAAUGA